AUGAAAAACUAUACAAGGCAGAUAGAAUUUAUCCUUCUGGGACUGACGGAUAAUUCUCAGUUACAAAUUAUAGUUUUUUCCUUUCUUUUUCUAAAUUAUCUGUUGAGCAUGAUAGGAAACUUAAUGAUCAUUGUCCUUACUUUACUGGCUCCCCAUCUCAAGACCCCAAUGUAUUUUUUCCUUCGUAAUUUCUCAUUCCUGGAGAUUUCAUUCACAAGUGCCUGCAUCCCUAAAUUCCUAAUCACCCUUGUAACCAGAGAAAAGACCAUCUCUUAUAAUGGCUGUAUAUCUCAAUUAUUUUUCUACAUAUUCUUGGGGGUUACGGAAUUUUUUCUUCUCGCAGCUAUGUCCUAUGACCGCUACGUCGCCAUCUGCAAACCUUUGCAUUAUACAUCCAUUAUGAGAAGCCAAGUUUGCCAUAAGCUUGUACUCAGUUCUUGGAUAACUGCACUUCUGGUCGUUUUUCCUCCAUUGAUUCUGGUUCUUGACCUAGAUUUCUGUGCUUCAGCUGUCAUCGAUCAUUUCAUUUGUGAUAUUUCUCCUAUCCUGCAACUUGCUUGCUCAGACACCCAUUUACUGGAAUUGAUAGUUUUCAUCUUGGCUGUGCUGACGCUCAUCAUCACGUUGAUAUUAGUGGUCCUUUCUUAUGCUUACAUUAUCAAGACAAUCCUGAAAUUCCCUUCGUCUCAGCAAAAGAGAAAGGCCUUCUCCACCUGCUCCUCUCACAUAAUUGUUGUCUCCAUCACUUACGGCAGUUGUAUAUUUAUCUACAUCAAGCCAUCAGCAAAUGAAAGAGCGACUUUAAGCAAAGGAGUAGCUGUUCUCAAUACGUCAGUUGCUCCUUUGCUGAAUCCCUUUAUCUAUACUCUGAGGAACCAGCAAGUGAAAGAAGCCCUCAGAGUUGCAUUUAGAAAGAUAGUUUGUGCUUUAUACAAGUAG